AUGGACGCUGAUCGCCACAACGCCGAUUCCUACGCAAAGUAUGAGCUUUACUUCAACUUGCUACAGCAGAAGAUCGCUCAGUAUAAGGUUAACGUAGAUUAUCACCGAGCCGGCCAUAUCACCAAACCGGCCACUUUCUCUUGGCACAACCACCUUUUACCCCAACAUAACAUGCCUUAA